CCCUCCCAGACCGUGAAGGCUGGAGGGAGUGGUCAGCAUGCCUUUUCCGCUAGUCUCCCCCCGCCUCGAGCCCACACUCUCGCUGCCUUGAGCCUCCCGGGCCGGCCGGCCGGGAGGACAGGCGGGCGCGCGGGGGGCGCACUGGGGGCGGGGGGAGUUCCGGUUCCGGUUCUUUGUGCAGCUGCGGCAGCGGCUCCGGGGAAGAUGGCGGCUCGGGCGGGUUUCCAGUCUGUGGCUCCAAGCGGCGGCACUGGGGCCUCUGGAGGGGCGGGCACGGCAGCUGCCUUGGGCCCGGGCGGGACUCCGGGGCCUCCCGUGCGAAUGGGCCCGGCGCCGGGUCAAGGUCUAUACCGCUCCCCGAUGCCCGGAGCGGCCUAUCCGAGACCAGGUAUACUGCCAGGCAGCCGAAUGACACCUCAGGGACCUUCCAUGGGACCCCCUGGCUAUGGGGGGAACCCUUCAGUCCGGCCUGGCCUGGCCCAAUCAGGGAUGGACCAGUCCCGCAAGAGACCUGCGCCUCAGCAGAUCCAGCAGGUCCAGCAGCAGGCGGUCCAGAAUCGAAACCACAAUGCAAAGAAAAAGAAGAUGGCUGACAAAAUUCUACCUCAGAGGAUUCGUGAACUGGUCCCAGAAUCCCAGGCCUAUAUGGAUCUCUUGGCUUUUGAAAGGAAACUGGACCAGACUAUCAUGAGGAAACGGCUAGAUAUCCAGGAGGCCUUGAAACGUCCCAUCAAGCAAAAACGGAAGCUGCGAAUUUUCAUUUCUAACACUUUCAAUCCGGCUAAGUCAGAUGCUGAGGAUGGGGAAGGGACAGUGGCUUCCUGGGAACUUCGGGUAGAAGGACGGCUCCUGGAGGAUUCAGCCUUGUCCAAAUAUGAUGCCACCAAACAAAAAAGGAAGUUCUCUUCCUUUUUCAAGUCCUUGGUGAUUGAACUGGACAAAGACCUCUAUGGGCCAGACAACCAUUUGGUGGAAUGGCACAGGACCGCCACUACCCAGGAGACGGAUGGCUUCCAGGUGAAGCGACCAGGAGAUGUGAAUGUACGGUGUACUGUCCUACUGAUGCUGGAUUACCAGCCUCCCCAGUUUAAAUUAGACCCUCGUCUGGCUCGGCUCCUGGGCAUCCACACCCAGACCCGUCCAGUGAUCAUCCAAGCACUGUGGCAAUAUAUUAAGACACAUAAGCUCCAGGACCCUCAUGAGCGGGAGUUUGUCAUCUGUGACAAGUACCUCCAGCAGAUCUUUGAGUCUCAACGUAUGAAGUUUUCAGAGAUCCCCCAACGGCUCCAUGCCUUGCUUAUGCCACCGGAGCCCAUCAUCAUUAACCACGUCAUCAGUGUUGAUCCAAAUGAUCAGAAGAAGACUGCUUGUUAUGACAUUGAUGUGGAAGUGGAUGAUACCUUGAAGACCCAGAUGAAUUCUUUUCUGCUGUCUACUGCCAGCCAACAGGAGAUCGCUACUUUAGACAACAAGAUUCAUGAGACUAUAGAAACUAUCAAUCAGCUGAAGACCCAGCGGGAGUUCAUGCUGAGCUUUGCCAGAGAUCCUCAGGGUUUCAUCAAUGAUUGGCUUCAGUCCCAGUGCCGGGACCUCAAGACCAUGACUGAUGUGGUGGGUAACCCAGAAGAAGAGCGCCGAGCUGAGUUCUACUUCCAGCCUUGGGCUCAGGAGGCUGUGUGCCGAUACUUUUACUCCAAGGUGCAGCAGAGACGACAAGAAUUAGAGCAAGCCCUGGGGAUCCGAAAUACAUAGGGCCUCUUCCACAGCCGAUCUGGCUGCACCGAUUCUUUAUCUGGGCCCUGUGCCGUCUGCCUCUCAGCACCGGCCUUGGUCUUGCUUGGGGCCUUCCAGGGGAUGCUGCCGGUUCAAGGACAACACCAGAAUGAAGAGGGUCUCACAAGACACCUAUUACCCUCUUCUCCCACCCCAUCCCCUUUUACCCCCAGCUUCCCUUCGCCCUACUAGGCUCCCAUGUGCCUCUACCCUCCCCUGGUCUACACAGGACCUCUAGAUAGUGUUAGAGAGAGAACCUAUAGGGGUAAUCAGUGCAUUGAGUGGAUUGGGCCGAAGGCCACGUGGUCUUCAAGGGGACUGGUUACACUGAUCCUGCCCUUCAGAGACCAAGGAGUUGGAAGCUUUAGCCCCUUUUCUGUGACUCAGGCCUGGGGGCACUGUAUAAGCUAGUUGAUCUUGGCUCUUGUAAUAGCAGAAUCCAAUUUCCUUCCUUCCCUCCACAAGUUUGGAGCAAACUCUCCCUUCACUUGUUGCCCUCUAGCACUAAAGGAACCCUGGCUCUUGGGCUCCACUGACCCUCAGGUCAGCCCGUAGCCCUCUGCAUUGGCCUGCUGUUUCAGUAUUUCUCUUACUCCCUGGUAGGGGGUCCACAUCAGUAUUGGAGUUGGUUCUUUAACUGUUGCUCCCUUCCAGCACACUCCUUGUAGCUGCUCUUUUUAGGAUUCCCUCCUGUCCUAAUGCACAGCACUGGGGUGGGAUGAUCUUGCAUAUCCCUGUCAGAGCCCCAGGGACCUGGGGUGCUGUCACUGCCAGCAGAGGCUGUUCCUUCCUGCUGUUGCCUGGAGGUGUGACUACUCAUUCACUCCACCCUGCUCCCAAAUCCCUUCAUGGAGAAUCAGGCCUAAAAUCAAAUGGGUAAAAGCCCUGGGCCUUCCCUUUCUUCCUGUCCCUUGUCUACCCAUUGGACACCCACUGGUGAUUUCAGGGCACUGAGGAGUAAAUGCGCCUAGGGCUGGAGAAUAGCUCUGAGUUGGGUUGUGACUCUUUAUUCCCUGCCUCACAGGAUGUGACUCCCUAGCCCCUGCCCUAAAGCUUCAGACCCCUCAGGUAGCAGCAGGACCUCGUGAUCUAGGCCCCUUGGAACCGAGAUGAUUUUGCAUCUUAACCAGGAGAGCCUCAGAUUCUUCCUCCAGGUUGUAUCACCCCCAAGUUAGCAUAUCCCAGACUCGCAGACUCAACACAGCAGGGUGGGAGACAGCCGGGCAGAGAGAGCAAUUCUGUUCAGCAUGGGCUCUAAGCCCACAAAACUGACAAAAGCCCCUGCUUCCCCACCCCACCUCAGGCUCCUGCGAGCACAUUCCCCCAGCCCCGUCUCCCUGCCUGGGGACUCUGCAGAAUUUUCUCCCCAUCUUCCCCUUGCCAUUAUUCCAGCCCCUCUCUUGAAAGGUUCUCCCCACAGUGACACUGGACAGCCUCUCCUUGGGGCUGGAACUGUGAGAAGGAAGCUCAGCAAUCCUGCAGUGUCCCUGUUCAAGAUAACUGUUUUUAUUAAUUUUUUUUUUCAUGGACCAAAAUUUUUUUUUGUAUUGUCACCAAUGUCACCCCAUUUUAAUAAAACAAUCUUCUGAA